GACUGAGCCAGUUCAGACCAGCCUGCUUCUCUUUCUCUCCUCUCUCUCUCCUUCUCUCUUCCCUCUCACUCUCCCGUCCUGUCCUGUCUCAGGAGCAAAAGAUUUGGGAAAUUCCAUCAAGCUACUUUAUUUUAGAUUUCUGUUGGAUUCAAACAUGCACACUGAAGGUUUUUUUCUGUCAGUUUUGGUGCCCUCGCUUCUGAUCCUGCUCUCUGCUGUUGAGGACGUGGUGUCACAGUCUGUAAGCCAGGUGGGUCAGGUGUGCAGGCUUUCCCAGGAAUCAUCACUGCGCCGCUGCAGGACACCUGAUGGCAAAAUAUGCAGCGGCAGGGGCGAAUGUGACUGUGGAAUCUGUUUGUGUGAAGCGGCCGAUCCAGGGAAGUUCUUUGGUCCUCGCUGCGAGUGCCAUGACUGGGUCUGCUCUACUCAUAAUGGACUGAUUUGCAAUGACCGUGGCUACUGUGACUGUGGGAUGUGUGAGUGUGACGAAGGCUGGUUUGGAGAAGCUUGCCAGUUUCAGGAGGAAUGUAGCCUAUCAAGCAAGAAGAGCCGGGAGCUGUGCAAAAACCAACAGGGGGUCAUCUGCUCCAACAGAGGGACCUGUCACUGUGGGAGCUGCAUGUGUGACAAUAACAACGAGAAGGGUUUAGUGACCGGACGCUUCUGUGAAUGUGACGACAGUGAAUGCCUGGAUGAGGACACGGGAGAGGUUUGUGGAGGCCAUGGCCAGUGUUACUGUGGUAACUGUUACUGUGCUGCUGGUUGGCAUGGAGACAAAUGUGAGUUCCAGUGUGACAUCAGUCCUUGGGAAAGCAAGCGGAAAUGCACCUCUCCUGACGGCAAAAUCUGCAGCAACAGAGGGACUUGUGUAUGCGGGGAAUGUACCUGCCAUGAUGUAGAUCCCUCUGGCGACUGGGGUGAUAUUCAUGGAGACACCUGUGAAUGCGAUGAGAGGAACUGCCAAUCAACAUAUGACCGAUACACAGAUGACUUCUGCUCAGGUCAUGGUCAGUGUAACUGUGGCACAUGUGAUUGCAAAGAGGGAUGGACAGGGAAGAAAUGUGAGCAUCCACAUAGCUGCUCACUGUCUUUGGACAGCAGUCUGAAAAAAUGCAGAGGAACAUCAACCCUGCCUUGCAAUGGACGAGGUCAGUGUCUUUGUGGACAGUGUAUUUGCCACCCACCAGGGGACAGUCGCAUUCAUGGCAAAAACUGCGAGUGUGAUGACCGUCAGUGUGAGGACAUGGAGGGAGAGGUCUGUGGAGGUCAUGGUUACUGCUCAUGUGGACGGUGCAUCUGUGAAAAGGGCUGGUUUGGGAAGCUGUGCCAGUUCCCCAGGUCCUGCGACAUGAGUGACGCUCAGAGCAAGGAGCUUUGUGAGACGGAGCAUGGAGUCAUUUGCAGUGGAAAAGGUUCCUGUCACUGCGGCCAGUGCAUUUGCUCUCCCCAAGAAUGGUGGGUGUCAGGAGAAUACUGCGAGUGUGAUGACCGAGAGUGUGACAAGCAUGAUAGCCUCAUCUGCACAGGAAACGGUGUUUGCAAUUGCGGAAGCUGCGAUUGCUGGGAAGGAUGGACAGGGAACGCCUGUGAAAUCUGGGUGGGAGAAGAAUACUGAAGAGAACAUUAAAACAAAAGCCUCCCAAUGCCCCAAAACACCAGGAGGACCACCACUGGUCAGGACAAGAGCGCAGCGAGAGAAAACUUAAAGAUGUAAAUCUGCAUACCACUAAUAUAAUAUCCUAAUUUUGCUCAAUCUUUUAUUGUACUGGUUACAAAAUAUGCUCAUUAAGACUGUAAAGUGAUGUUUUCGAAGAAACAGCCAACAUUUUCCAGUUUUCAGCACCUCUUUUUUAAUAUUUUAGGUAAAGUUACGUGGUUACCAAAGUAUUUAUAUCCUUGAACAUUAUAAUUUUAUCACAGCAUUUAUUGGGAUUAUACAGAAUGGGAUCCAGGCAUCCCCAAACUCGGUCCUCAAGGCCCCCUGUCCUGCAGGUUUUAG